AAUAAAAAUAUAAAAUAAUGAAAAGAAAAGGACAUACCGGGGAGUUAGAGUUAUAUGAGCAAGUUGACCCAUUGAUUAUUGAGAUAUAUAUAUAUAUAUAUAUAUAGAGAGAGAGAGAGAGAGAGAGAGUGUGGGGUAGUCUGUUUGUUGAAAGAUUGAAGGAGAGCAGAGAGAGAUGGAAGACUCAGAAGCUCAGGGAAGACUGGAGGAACGGAUAAGGAGCUUGUCAAAGGGGGCGGCAGGCCAUGAGGCGGAGGCCGAAGCCGCGAGGGGCCUCUCGUUGGUGAAGCUUCACAGAGGCUUUCUGCUCUGCAAUUUCAAAGUUCACAGAGGCGUAUCAGAUGAAAGUGGGAAGUGGCAUGAAGGAGCGAUGACGACUCUGAUGGACAUCAUAGGCAGCUGGACGGCCUUCUCCUUCACAUCCCAAAACCAAGAAACGGUGGAAGUAGAAGGGAAGGCAAUGGGGAAGACGGGAAAGAUAACGUCAGUGAAGGUGGAAGUGAGGAAGAAGGAAGACGGACAAACGGUGGCGUUAGGAAUCAUGUGGAUGGCACCUUCUCAUCCCAAUCCUACCAAGCCACUUCCUUCCAAACUUUAAUUA